GCUCGUAGAGUCAAGAGGCUCUGCAAAAGGGCCGCUGCCGCCCGAAAUUUCCGCGCAAUGAGAAGCAAGCGGGCUGGGAAAUGAAGUCUCGCGGGAUGCAUGGAGGGGGCGGGGAGGAUAGUGUGAUGUUGGGCGCAACGUGCUGUGGGCAACAUGGUCGAAUGCGCGCGCGCGAGGAAUACGAAACGUUCUCCUUGCAGUGACAUCGAGCUCAACAUACAUUCGUUUUCGGAUUUAGAACACGGUCUUUACCGCCACUUGCAGGAUGAGCGACCUGGGGCUAGGGCUCAGUAAUGCUAUCGACUCGGUCACGGAUUCUCUAGGGCACGCUGUUGGGGAGGUGCCUGGCAUACUCGACAAUGUGGGCCAGAGUGUAGGAGGUGUUGUGGGCGAUGCUGCUGGCCUGAUUCCACCGCAAGGACCCUUUCAGCAGUGUAUUGCGAGCGCUCUGGACAACAACUCGGCGCUGUAUGCGUUUCCGCAGGAUAUCUUGGAGGAGCUCACGAAUAAUCAUCCGUAUAAUUUGGAUUGGCCUUGGACUCCCGCGGCGAUUGCGUAUCCCAGGAAUGCAAUCGAUGUGUCGAAGCUGGUCGUUUGUGCGUCGGAAUAUGGGAUUGCGGUGCAGGGCAAGUCUGGAGGGCAUAAUUAUCUGAAUUUUGGUGAGUGA